UUCGAACCCUGUAACAAACUUUUGCCUUUGUGUUGGUGUCACGAUCCGUUCCGUGUGUUCAACCAAUCUCCAACCUCUUUCAUUCCACACAGUUUCUUUUUCAUUUAAAUUUCUUUCGCCUGCGAGUGAAGUCGGGUUGUGUUUUGGUGCUGCUGCUACAUUUGUUUGUGAACGCUUAAUUCCGCGGUGCAUUUCACGGUGAUUUAGGGCGAAACUAUGUUUGAAGUACAUUCUUAAAACGGUGGCAAAAUUUGAAUAGUGACCUUUUGGAUACGAUAGAAAACAAUUCUUUUGUAAAGUGCAAAGGAUCACAAAAACAUAUUUAAUUUAUUGUAAAAGAGUUCGGACGAAUAAACUUAAUUCCUAGAGAUCACCACAAAACCCAAGACCCGAACAACCAGCCAGCCUCCUUCACUGUGAAUAAUUCACAAGCCGGGAACCGAAAGCAGAAGACACAGUUGGGCAGACGCAACCCCUGUCAUAUCUAUCCGAGUAAAAAGAACCGCCAGCACCGUGGAGCAAAAACACGGCCAAACGAUUACCAGCGGCAAGAAGAUGGCCAGUACGGGUGACAUUUGGUUGCAGUGGUUUUCCUGCUGCUUCCAUCAGCCUCAAAGUCCCCGGCGUCGAAGGCACCACCAACGGUUGCGAAUCGAUCGUUCGAUGAUAGGCAAUCCGACAAACUUUGUUCAUACCGGUCACAUUGGCUCGAAUGAUGUUGAGCUAACCACGAACCACCUUUCCGCCUUACAGAAUCAGAUGCAAAGUAAAGGUGGAUACGAGAUGAAUUCGCUUAGGUUACAGACUUGCUGAUAUUCACCAGCCUUACGAGUAUAUACCAGUACAAGUCAUGGUCAAGCAGAUGGCAAAGGUGGAUCAACUAACGCAGCCGCAGAGUCUUAAGUUAUAGUUGUAAAGUUGGAAAGUGAAAGUACCAAAUUAUUAGAACUACAAUUUGUAAAACAAGUACGAAUCAUCACAUCUGGUAGCACGUUUGAAUUGCAGACACAGUGAGAUGAAAGCUCACACGUACAGCUGAAACGCAACAGACGCAAAAAGAGAUCCACUAUAGCGUAUCGAAUCGAACGUAUAUCGAGCACGAUCAAACCGAUGACAAUCUUCUGCUGGUGCAAAGGGCCCUUUGCAAUCCCCUUUGAUUCGUUUGUGUACAUUUGUAAAUAGUUUCAAAACUGAUAUUAUCUAACGUUUUCCUUUAACUACUAUCCCACUAAAUUAGAAGGCGAUAGUACAGAACUCAACGCGUUUAUUAUGCAUAACUGCCGCUACACACCACCAAGAAGAAAAAAAGGAACGAUUUCUCUUCGAACUUCAAAACAGUUACUCCUUCCGCGGUUUAGAUCGAUAAGGUUACUAGUUGUUAAGCUAAUAUGAAAGAGCAAUGCAAAAUGUUCACAAUUUGCAAUAGAAACUAUUGAAAAGGUAUCCCUGUUCUGUUCUUUAAACAGUGAGAUCAACAGCGUUUAAAGUGUAGUUUUAUAAGUCUCCUCUCAACAAGACGCGAGCGCGAUAGUGUAAGAAAACGGUUUAUGUGCUAACAGAAUAUAAAGAAAAUAAAGAACAGAUUUUCAAAUAAUA